AUGGCGCCGUUCGGCAAGAACAGCAGCGGCAGCUCCGCUCCGAUAAAAUUCGGAAGCCCGCCUCGCCGGCUCCGCCUGCUGCUGACGCUUGCCGCCUCACUCUGCUUUUUUUACUACUUUCUCCUGCCGUCUGACACUCGACGCGCUGGGGGCUUUGGCAAUAAGCAAUCGGCCGCAUUUGUACAUGAGAGCGGCAACAGCCGUCCGGCUGGCGCUUUUGCAUAUGAUGAUAUUCUCAAGUUUGUCGACCCCUUGAUCGGCACUGUCAACGGCGGCCACGUCUUCCCUGGGGCUACUCUUCCCUAUGGCAUGGUCAAAGCCGUGGCCGACACGGAUAGCCACGCAGAGAAUGCCGCAGGAUUCGUAAGCGACAACAGCAAAGUCACUGGGUUUUCGCAUCUCCACGACUCAGGCACUGGAGGAAACCCCUCGAUGGGCAACUUCCCCCUCUGGGUGCACCCCGGCUGUCCCGACGACGACUUCACCAAGUGCAGCUUCCCCGCGAACAGCCGCGGCGUAGGCCGCGUCAACGGCUCGGUCCGCGCCACGCCCGGCUACUUCUCCAUCGAGCUGGAGAACUCGGUCCGGGCCGAGAUGACGACCACGGAGCGCGCGGCCCUGUACCGCUUCUCGUUCUCGGAUGGCGGCGGCGGCGGCGGCAGCGGCAAGCGCUGGUCCAUCACUCCCGAGGGCAAGCGCGUCGCCGUGCCCUUCAGCCCGCUCGUCCUCCUCGACAUGGUCGACCUGGGCAGCACCCGGACCGGAGGCGGCACGCAGGUGUACGCAGACGAGGGUUCGUCGGCGGCCCGCAUGGUCGGCGACGCCAGUUUCUCGCCGUCGUUCGGCACCGGCAACUACCACGCCUACGUCUGCGCCGACGUGCGCGGUGCCAAGAUCCGGAGGUACGGCACCUUCAAGGGUGAGGAUCCGGCAGAGGAGCCCAAGUUCCUCGACUCGCUAGACUCGAGGGGGUCGGCCGGCUCGUGGGUGCAGUUCGAGCCGUCUGCCGCCCCGGGGACCAUCGUCGCGCGCGUCGGCAUUUCCUUCAUGUCGGUCGACCAGGCGUGCGCCAACGCCGAGGCCGAGAUACCGACGUUUGACUUUGAGGGCACCUUUAGCGCCGCGCAGGCCUCGUGGCGGAAGAAGCUCUCAGUCGUCGAGGUGGACGCGACCGGGGUGGGUGUGGACAUGCAGACGACCUUUUGGUCCGGUCUCUACCGCAGCCUGAUCUCGCCGCAGAACUACACGGGCGAGAACCCGCUGUGGAACAGCUCCGAGCCGUAUUACGACUCCUUUUACUGCAUAUGGGACUCUUUCCGGGCGCAACACCCCCUGCUGACCAUCAUCGACCCGAUCGCGCAGACGGAGAUGGUGCGCGCGCUGCUGGACAUUUACCGCCACGUCGGAAAGCUGCCCGACUGUCGCAUGAGCUUCUCCAAGGGCUUCAGCCAGGGCGGCUCCAACGCCGACGUGGUCAUCGUCGAUGCCUACGUCAAAAAGCUGCGCCAGGAUAUCGACUGGGACACGGCCUACGAAGCCGUCGUCUCGGACGCCGAGGUCGAGCCCCAGUCGUGGGGCGUCGAGGGCCGCGGGAACCUGGAGUCGUACCACCGGCUUGGCUACAUACCCGUCGAUGACGUCGACAAGAACGGCACGGGGCCCUCGAGCAGGCAGAUCUCGCGGCUGGUCGAGUACGCGUACGAGGACUUUUGCAUCUCGCUCCUGGCAAAGGCCCUCGGCCACGCCAAGGACGCCGAAAAGUACCACAAGCGCGGUGGGAACUGGAAGAACAUCUGGCGCGAGGAGCAGGCCGACGUCAUGCGGGAGGUGCACGCGGGCGACCUGACCCUCAGCCCCUUCAUGGGCUUCAUGCAGCCCAGGAAGCUGGACGGCGAGUGGCAGUACCACAACGUGCGGCUGUGCAGCCCCAAGACGGCCUUCCACUCGUGCUACUUUGACACGCGCCACUCGACCUACGAGGGCAGCUCCUGGCUGUACAGCUUCUUCGUGCCGCAGGACAUGGCCGAGCUGGUGCGGCGCAUGGGCGGGUCCGAGACCUUUGUCAAGCGCCUCGAGUACUGGCACGAGGAGGUGGCCUACAUGGGCAACGAGCAGGCCUUCCUGCCCGUGUUCCAGUUCCACUACGGCGGCCGGCCCGACCUGAGCUCGUACUGGGCCCAUCGUUACAUCCCGAGCCAGUUCAACGCGAGCCUGAACGGGAUCCCCGGCAACGACGACUCGUCCAUGGGUGCCUUUGCCGCCAUGGUCUUUAUGGGCUUCUUCCCCGUCGCCGGCCAGGAUGUCUACCUGAUCACGCCCCCUUUAUUCCGUGAGGUGAGGAUCCUAGCGACCGACCCCGAGGCCAUGCGGGCUGGGCGGAAAGCCGUCAUCCGGGUCCGCAACUUUGACCCGACAUAUGAGAAGAAAUACAUUGAGAGUGCGACGCUGAAUGGGCAGUCUUGGACAAAAAAUUGGAUCACGCACGACUUGUUUCGCGAAGGAGGUGUGCUGGAGCUUACUGUGAGCGAGAAGCCGAGUGCUUGGGGGACGGGCAAGGGCGACUUGCCGCCUAGCUAUCCCGUGGGUGAGCGAGAUGAUAUCACCGAUCCUUCUCUGAUACCGCGCACGGCGGCUCCUUCUGCUGUCAGAGGGCGACCUUUGCCACAUCACGAACAUUAG